CUCCUCAGUUGGCGCUCGGCUCUUCUUCUUGGCCGCCGCCAGGUGUGUAGCGUCGUGCCCUCCUCGCCCAUCCGCGCACGUCUUCUCUCCCAGCGCUGCAAACAGCCAUGCGGCGCUCGAGGCAAGCGCGCGACGUCUGAUGAGCCGGCGGCCGCGGCAGUUAUUCUUCCCGGGUGCUCCCUCGUCGUCGUUCGUCGAUGUCCACCGGUACAUGACACAGUGACCGUCCCUACUCGAGCUCUUCGUCCCAGACGCUGGAGAACCUUGGCCGAAUUCGGGCGUUCUCUUCGCCAUCUCUGUGGGACAUCUCCAUCGGGACAUCUUCGGAGGAUACCUACUGGAGUUCGGCAACGCUGCGACACCAUCGGUGCCAGCUGCGAGGCGGGGCCAGUCACAGGUGUUACACCGAGCGUGUAACCGAAGUCACCGAACACUACGCUGAUCGCCUACUGCCCAGAUCAGUAGAACCGUCGACAAUUUAGAAGUCUGGCGAGCUGAUCCUAACCUUAUAAUCCGAGAGGAUACGAGAGCUCGGCGGCAACUCGGCGACGCUGGAUUGUGAGUAGCGCACCUGCAGUAUUGGCGAACAGCAGCGAAACUCUGUUCGACACUGACGAGACGUCGUGUUUGUGACUUCCACGUUUUAGGGCUUUCGUUCGUUGGACUAAUCGGUUUGAGACGGAAUGACGUAACUGUGGAUGUGCGCAGUUUGUGUGUGGAAGUGCGUGAGAACUGAAUGAUGGGUGUUUCGCUAUUUACGUCACGCAUGGCGCGCUACGGAAGAACGCUCUCUCUAGCCCAUGCUUAGUUGCGUGCUAACGGGUAGAUUUGAGAGUGAUUCGCUUACAGCGCACUUAUUCAGUUUUCCCUGAACAACGCCUUUCCAUUUUUGCAAACAACACCCGCCGGACCUGUGACGAAUAAGCGGUGCUGCUCCAUUUAAACAAGGCUUAAACAACUCCACUUUUUUCCAGCACUAACAUAUUUUAUCAUCUGAUAAUUCAGAACAAAGUUCACCCUUACACAUUCAAGGUGGCAGGUCACUAGUAUUGCUUCGACAACACCUGACGGCUUUUUUUUUGUGUUGUGUCCACGAUCCUGGCAGUUGUGCGAUAACAAUAUCGCAUCUUUCUAACAAGGAUAAGGACAGUCCAACAUUUGUUGAAAGACAAGCCGAUUUAUUCAUCACCAGAAAUUAUCGUCGCCCUGCGUUAUCUGCGCCAUAAGCCAAACCUUCGCUACGUAAAAUAAUUCCCCAAGUUUAUCGUUAGUCUCCAUCGUAAGGAAUCCCCUACGUCAUCGAGUUCAUUGCUGCAUCGCUCUAGGCAAAUUAUAUUUUUCGAGAAACAGUGAGAAGUGAUCUACAGAACCUUGGUGCUUCGUUACUACGUACACGGGUGUCAUCACGUGAAGGGACGUUCCAACAGUCUCCGCGGGGAAAUCGCCGAAGUCACUCAGAUCCACCCUGGUAUAACCCACCGUCCGGAUGGCAAGUUUGAAGUCAACACCGUCCGCUCGGGCGCAGAGACUGUGCUUCGUCGCGUUGGCGAUGCCGCUGUCCCUGUGGCUGCAGUGGUUCGGCAGCGUGGCCUGCGCCGACGACCCGAGUCCGGCCAUCUAUCCGGGCCAGGCGAACAUCGCGCUGAUGAUGCCGCUGCGAACCGCGGUCAGAAACGGCAGCAGCGACGCCUCGACGGGAUCCGGAAUCGGCGGAGACGGCGCGUGCGGCUCCCUGGACCCGCGCCGGGUGCGGCUAGCCCUGGCCGGAGUAUGGGCGGCGCAGCAAGCGAACUUCAGGAAGGCCCCGUCUGACUUCAACCUGGGCGUCUACCUGUACGACACGUGCGGGAGCGACAACGUGGCCCUGCGGCAAAGCGUGCGCGUCAUCCACCAGGCGGGACACGUGCGCUCCAUGGCCUGCCCCACAACGAGGGUGCCGCCCGUGUUCGGUGCCAUCCUGCAGGGCGAAGUGGACGCCGUCGAGACGGCGGCCAAGACGCUCGCCUCCUUCUCCAUACCCGCGGUGGCCGCCCAGGACGUUCCAGCCGAGAGCGUCCGCAGGUUGCGCAACCUCUACAGCACCGCGCCGGCGGCCACUUCGCUCGCAAGGGCCUUGGCGAGCACGCUGCGCCGGCUGGGCUGGUCGUACGUGGCCGUGAUGUCAACGGCGGAGGACAGGCCCCGCCAGCUGUCGCGGUCUUUCCUGCGCGUGGCCCGCGACAUGGCCAUCGACAUCAUGAGCGCCGACGCUCCCGGGGGCUUCUCCUACCAACAGGUGCAAGAGGCGCUGGGCUCCACGACGCAGCUCGUCGAGAGUGGCUGCCGCGCGGCUGCACUGUUCGUGACCCCCGCUGAGGCCAAGGCGUUCCUGGUGAGCUACGAGCCUGAUCCCGACGCCGCCUUCUCCUGGGUCCUGGUGACGCCCGGAGACGUGACGGCCUCGCUGCCCGGGCUCCUGUCUCCGCAGAAGCUGCGGCGCCUGCGUCACGUGCUCUUCGCGGCUCCGGACGACGCGCAGCGCCCGUCCGAGUACGGCGACUACCUGCGCGAUCUGAUGGACAGGGACGGGUCGGCGCCGCUACUGCAGGAGCUGCGCAAGACUUACUCCAGGAACGACGUGGUCCAGCGCUGGGACGACGAGAUGAGCGACAGCGCGGACGCGGUGGCCGUCAUCCGGGCCGUGUGGGCCAUGGGCGCCGCCCUUCGCGCCGUGCAGCGGGUACAGUGCGGCCGCGGCACUGACUGCCUUUUCGGCGGCCGCCAGGGACUCAGUGCGUCCGUGCUCGAAGCGCUCGACUCGCUCAACUUCAGCAUGGCCGGCGCCGGUGUCGCUUCGCUCAGCGACACGCCGCUCAAGUUCUCGCACGAGAGGCACAUCGCCACGCUCAAGUACGCCGUCAAGGCUGUGUCCACCAGCGGCGAAGUGCUGCAGAUAUCCGGCUACACGGACGAUACUGGCCUCGAAGUAGACGACGUCCUAGUACCCACCCGAGGCCCCUUUAUACGAGGAUCCGCCAUGGAAGCCGGCAAGACGAGCGUCAAGCCGUCCACCAGGCAGCGCUCGUCUAACCUGCGCGCCAGCAACCUGGAGAUCCAGAACGAGGGCGAGCCUCAGCCGCUGGGCGACGACACCACCAGCUCGCCGACGCUCUCGCAGACGGCCUCGGACGAGGACUACGGAGCGCUCGCCGAGAAGGCGUCCACGGCUCCCGGAGCCGUCCGACUGACCAAGCCGAAGCCCUACACCAUAUGGAUGGCGAAGCCCUGGACGCUCGCCAUCGUCAUCAUGUCCGGGAUCGGGAUCCUUCUCAGUGCUUACGUCGCCGUCUUCCUCCUGAUGAAGCUCUGCGAGGGCGUAGUGCGCAAGGGCCACCAACUGACGUCACUCCUGCUGCUCCUCUCGGUCGUCAGCCUCUUCUUGUCGGCGCUUCUGUUUACCUUCCGGCCUAGGCCUCGCCUGUGCGCCAUCCAGCAGUUGGCACAUCACACCAGCUACGCGUUCGCGUUCGGCGCGCUGCUUCUCAAGGGAAUGCACCUGAACGCCAUGCAGAGCGCCGGACUCGGGGGCCGCGCCAGCGGUCUCAACCAGCUGCUCACCAUAUGCUUCCUCGUAGCUGUCCAGAUGGCGCUCGAGGCACAGGCCUGGAUGCUCUCUCCGCCUCGCUCGUGCCGGCUGAACCAGACCCGGUUCUUGCUGCACCAGGCCUAUCCGUGCGUGGUGCUGGCCCUCGCCGUGCUGAUGGCCUUCCGGACGCGCAACUGCUCCUACCAGCGACGCGACGCCAGAAGCCUGCUGUGCACCAGUCUCCUGGCGGUGCCGAUCUUGGCUGCGGGACACACGGCGUUCCUGCUGUUGGGACCCGGAGAGCAUCAGAUAGCGGCGCUCAGCUUCGCGCUCAUCGCCACGGGGUUUCUGAUUCUCGUGGGCAUCUUCGCUCCAUACCUCAGGGCUCUGCACAAGCGGGGCGGCUACGGCCACAAGCCGCUCAGCUACUCGGAUUCGUCGGCGUCCGCCUUCACCACCUUCCAGCACCACCACAAGGACAGCGGCUCGGCGAUACCCGAGUGUUGCUACGUUCGCGGAGGCCGAGCCGUCACCAUCGUGCAUCAGUCGAACAGGAACGGUGCCGGGCCGUCUCAUCACGUCAGGAACCCGCUCUACAUUCCGGGGUCUGCUUACCCGUAAGCGCCGGGAACUUACCCGACCGCCGCAGGCAGACAGGACUGCGCCAAACGCGCUCUCAGGACUAAAACCGAGCCUGUGACCUUGAUUUUUUGUGCAAAAGACAUGCGGUUCCACAACCCACCUCUCUCGACGGGUUUAAAUAGCAGUGCACUGUGAGAACGCAGGACUGUAUACUUUUGCCCGUGAGCGACAUCUUUGCCGGCUUUGAAAGCGCUGCUCACCUCUUUGAAGACAACGUGGCCCUGUGGCAGACUGUGACCGUGCCGCGUGAUUUCUCAUAUGUGCCCGCGUCUAAGGCUGGGUUAAGGGAGAGCCACAGGUGCUGCAGCCCCAGACCUUAACCACUGAGACUAGGUGUAAAGGGACCACGUGUAUCAAGAUGCGUGAAAACGAGGCCCCCGUAGCCGCCAUUUGUCCACCCAUCCGCCUCUGCAUAAGGAGCUGUGAAGACCAUAGCCAAAGGUUUUCUUUGGAUUUUCGUGGCUUCCAAGAUUCUUUCGCGUUGUGCGUGCUGGCGCCAACCGGUGAGAUGAGUGCAUCUUUGUGCCUGAACGACGUGCCUUCGAAUGAGGAGUGAACAAGACAUCGCUACAAGACUUUCCGCGUUAUCUUAGAGGUACUGCGGCGGCGCAUUUAGGCAUAGACAACGUUUGGCGUCGUAAGACGCGAACAUACACAUGUUGUCGUGAACACUGUUGACAAAGCGUACCGACAGCAUUUGUGCGCGAAGGCAUGAGGUAUAGGAAGGAAUUCUGUGUGUCAUAGAACAUCCUAUGUACAGCCCCCAGCGCAGCUGUGUACAGCGCGGUAGCAGUGUGUCCAGAAGGGAACUUGCACUGUUUGCUGUAGGCUAUUGAUUCGAGGUAAACUGUAUUUGUGCAUGUGUCAUCAGAAGCAUGCUUAUGCUUCUCGCUACGCAAAUGAAUGUUACUGUUCCCAUUAUCAGCGUACCGCUCAACGGGAGGCGAGCCUGAGCAAUCACCAAGGUGCAAGCCCGGGACAUGUCAUAUCGCCUAGCGUAGCGUAUGGCUCAUCACUCACUGCAGCUGCUGCCCUAAUGAUGAUGAUGAUGAUGAGAUAAUAAUCAUCAUCAAUUCUCCCUUGAAACGUGGCGGUGGCAUGUACCACUACCUUCCAGAACACUAAGUUUUUAUUCAACUUUAAUGUCAUAGAUAUGUUAAAUUUCAACUCCUUUCUGCCUAUAAUAAGCACCUGUCUAUAAUAAGCGCAAGGCCAUGAACCAGUUUUGAUUCGACGUCACUCCGAUUCUUCUCCACUUAUGUCCACUAAUCUUUCAAACGUCUCUCGCUAAUGUUGAGCGAGUCAAUUUUCACCCCAUUACUGCCGUCUUUAAUCCCUAGGGCUUCGUAGAGACUGAUGGCAUUUUUAGUCCAAGUGGAGGAUGGUGUCGAAGACAGAUACGAUACAAUAGUAUUUUGUCGACUGUGGCUUGGUGUCGCUUCCACAAAAUGAUUCGCUUUCCGCACAGGAAGGGAAAACAAUGCUACGUGUGACGACUGCGGCUGCGAAUUAAACUAUCGAGCAUGCUCUUUGCCGUUCGCCUCGCCAUAGAAGACACGGAGAGACACUCGCGACCGUGUUGGCCCGUCUCGACUAUACUAUAGCUGUUUUCGCAUCAAGCAAUGCUGGGGUGCCAGCAUAUUUUCUUCACAUUAGAAGUCGGUAAAGGCGCUAUUGAAGUUCUUACGUUAGAGUAGCCCAUUAAAGAGACUAUACUGCUGGGCGUUCUCCACCCCCUCUUUAUUUUCUUUCUUUCGCGUUCUUUUUUUCUCCGCUGUGUGUUCCUUCUUUCUUUCCCCCUUACCCUUCCACCAGUGCAGGGUAGCAGACCAGAAGCUUCUUCACAAAUUUACCUCCCUGAAUUUUACAUCUCAUUUAUCUAUCUCUCUCUCCCACUCUCUCGGUGACAUACUUAUCUACUUCUGGAUGCAUACCCUGACAUUAUAACAAGACAUGUGCAAUUGUCUCGGCAGUAUUUUUGCAUGCUCAAUCACAGGCAAUCUUCUUGGGCGAACGUCUUUUUGUAACUUCGCGUUCUUAGACAGCCUGCCUUAAAAGGAAGCACAGAGGGCUGUGCCACCCGCCGUGGUUGCUUAGUGGUUACGUUGUUGGGUUGCUAAGAACGAAGUCGCGGGAUCAAAUCCCGGCCACGGCGACCGCAUUUCGAUGGGGGCGAAAUGCAGAAAACACCCGUGUACCUAGAUUUAGGUGCACGUUAAGGAACCCCAGGUGCUCCAAAUUAAUCCGGAGUCCCCCACUACGGCGUGCCUCAUAAUCAGAAGGUGGUUUUAGCACGUAAAACAGCGUAAUUUAAUUUAAAUUAGGGCCGUGCCACCAGUGGUGGCUUGUUAGUAAUGGACCGCUUGCUGAGGAGGAAAGAAGAUUGUCUCGACCCAGCGCAUUUCACUAGAUGCGCGAGUGCACGCUCCCGGGUUGGACACAAGUGCGCUGGGGGCAGUAUGUAGCCAUCGUUCCAUGCUCUCGCGAGGUCUUCUUUUUUUUUGUAUUUGUUAAGACACAGAAGAACAUGCUUAGGACAUUCUUCGAGAACUUCAUAGGUGUCACUGGCAACCUCUACUAUUGGUUCCCUAAUAAACGGGUGCUGAGUGCCAUUUCUAUAGCUUGUUCGCGUGGUGGAAAGGAGAGACAUGCUGUUACGGUAACAAAGACACGAAGGCUGUCAACACGCGUGCUCAUGACAGUAUUACAAGUCUAUACCACUUGGCGGCAAAUAAAGCAUGAAAUGGCGUUUUCAAACUGCCGUUUCGUGGAACCUGUGUUGUUUCUUUUCCACACGUCGCCUUUAAUCUCUACGGCCAGGAAAUCAGACCUUCAAGGCGUAUUGAAGCUUUGUGAUGAGCUCUUGGGCAUGUAUCUGUUGUUCUGUUUCUGUAUUUUUCUGCUUACGGAAACGAGGAUGAUCUGACAGUUGUCGCUGUUACGAAAAAUAAAGUAUUAUUUUACGUCCGUG